UAAAAAUUUGUACAUGCAAAUCAAUGGAAAUGAAAAAAAAUAUGUACCUGUAAUGUCAGAAGGAAUGAUUAUAACAUCUGUACCUAAUGUGUUCCUAGGAGCUAUACGCGAUGAAAUGAGGGAAAAAAUAUGUCCCAGCUGUGUAGAGAUACCACAAAUGAGUUUUACUCUUGGCUCCCUUAAUAUAGAUGGAAAUCAAAUUGAUCUCCGGUCGUUAGCAGUUUUUGGAACAACAAGCAAACGUUUUUCAAGUCGCACUAUUAGUACAUCCGAUUAUUAUGAAGAAAUACCAUUACUAUUAGGCCAAGAACUUAAAUUAUCAUGUUUCUAUAAUAAAAUUACUAAUGAAAAAGGGCACUUAUCUUCUAAAGGAAUAUAUGUCGUGUGGUUAUUAAUGGAUAAGCUGUUACAAUCUUAUGAGAGCAAUGACUUUUUUCGUCUGAAAGAUGAUGGACGCGUCAGUACAAUUAGCAUUGUAAGUUACUCGACUCGUGAAGCAAUUGAAAAUUUUUAUUCAUGUCACUCCUAUCAUAGGAGUAAAUUGAAUAAAACUUCAAAUCAGAUUUUCUUCACUUUCGGAAUUACUGCAAUAGAUAAAAGUGAAGAAUUUGAAACUGUAUUCUGGAAAGAAUGGAAUUUUAUUUAUGAAACCACAAUUGUAUGUUUCAUACUGACGAUUUUUUGGUGUUUGUUGGAAAUAAUCCAAGAUGUUAAAAACGGAUAUGGUUUUUAUAGACUUCCCCAAACACCUAACAAUAACUAUAAUUCUAUUAUAAAGUUUGUUUCAUCCAAAAGUGGAGUAACUUUACUUGGUAGUGAACAAGCUGUAAAUGAAAUAUUAUCAAAAAUUAUAGAAAAUAAUUAAAUUUGUUAGUACUAUGGAAAUACUACGGGUUAGUAAUUCAUUUAAAAAUACCUAUUAUACGAUUAUAAUAAAAAAUAUUUAUACUUCUUUAUUCUAUUAACAGCGGAUUUAUAAUUUGAGUUGUAACAUUAAACAUCACUAUUUUUAUAAUAAUAACGCAUUUGAGAAGAAAUAUAAAUUUAUAAUAGCAAUGUGAAACGAUACGAUCCUUAUAGAUAAAUACUUAAAACAGUGUAAAUCAAAAUUUAAAUAAAAUAUAUUUAUACAAAUAUUGAUUUACAACGAUGGCAUCCAAAAAUUCUAUACUAUACAUAUCAAUUACUCAAUCCGAAACAAAGUAGUCAAUAGACCGAUUUUUGUUGAGAGUAAUUUGUAUAUAGAGUGUUAAAAAAAAAAUUAUUAACACUACUAUAUAGUAAAAUAAAUUGAGCAAAUACUCUCGUUAACAGUGUCGAAGUUUAAAAAUAUUAUAAACAAUUUCAUGAUUUAAAAUGUUAGUAAAAUAAAUAGAUUGUAUUCGUACAUACAUCCAGUGGUUACAUCAAUCAGAGAGGUAUAAUUAUUUAA